UAGUUAUAUAACAACAGCUCCAACUUCAAAUGGUCCAUCCCACUAGCUCUCUCAACUGUUAACUCCCUCUCUUGUUCUCACAUUCCUCUUAUUCUGCACUUGAAAAUCUUAAAAGUACUAUUUACUUUGAAUGGAUUUCUUUCGUGGGAAUUUAUGUUUUUUCAUUGUGAUUCUAUUGUUCUUGAAUUCAAACAAUGUACAAGGAAGAUAUCAUUAUCACAAGAAGCAAAAGCCCAAGAAAUCCCCUGUUUCACCCUCCCCUGUUUUACCAAGCCCUGAGCCCCCUGUUUCUCAGUCUCCUUCAUAUCCUCCUCCAGUUCCUUCAGACCCAAACACUGAUCCUCCCCCAGUUUCUGAUGACCCUGGAAGCUCCACAGGCUGCGUGUUCGAUGUCACGUCUUUCGGGGCAGUGGGAGAUGGCACCACUGAUGAUACUGCAGCAUUCAGGGAUGCCUGGAAAGCAGCCUGUGCUGUAGAGUCAGCUGUUGUUUUAGCUCCUUCAGAUUAUACUUUUAUGAUCACUUCAACUGUCUUUUAUGGUCCUUGUAAACCAGGCCUCAUCUUUCAAGUCGACGGAGUCCUAAUGCCGCCUAAUGGUCCAGAUUGCUGGCCUGAAAAGGACAGCAACAAGCAAUGGCUUGUGUUUUACAGAUUAGAUGAUAUGACAUUCACUGGAAUAGGCACCAUUGAAGGAAAUGGUGAGCAAUGGUGGGAACUUCCUUGCAAACCUCACAGGGGUCCUAAUGGAUCAACUUUGCCUGGACCAUGUGACAGCCCUGCUCUAAUCCGAUUCUUCAUGAGCUCGAAUAUAGUGGUGAGCGGUCUCAGAAUCAAGAACAGUCCAAUGUUUCACAUGAAAUUCGACGGUUGUGAAGGGGUGUUGAUUGAGAAAUUGUCCAUUUCUUCGCCUAAGCUUAGCCCCAACACUGAUGGGAUUCACAUUGAAAACACAAAAUUUGUUGGCAUAUAUGACUCAGUAAUUGGAAAUGGAGAUGAUUGCAUUUCUAUUGGACCUGGGUGUGCUAAUGUCAACAUUGAAGGUGUCACGUGUGGCCCUAGUCAUGGUAUAAGUAUUGGAAGCCUAGGAGUUCACAAUUCUCAGGCAUGUGUGUCGAACAUUACUGUCCGGAAUGCUAUAAUAAAGGAUUCGGACAACGGGGUGAGGAUCAAGACGUGGCAAGGCGGGGCGGGGUCAGUAACAGACAUAUCAUUUGAAAACAUUCAGAUGGAAAAUGUGAGAAACUGCGUGAUCAUAGACCAGUACUACUGCUCAAACAAGGCCUGCUUAAACCAGACUUCAGCUGUAUACGUGAGAGACAUAUCAUUCAGGAACAUUAAGGGAACUUACGAUGUCCGGAGCCCUCCAAUCCAUUUUGCCUGCAGCGACACUGUGCCUUGCACGAACAUAACCAUGUCAGAAGUAGAGCUGCUUCCAGAAGAAGGGGAACUGGUGGAUGAUCCUUUCUGUUGGAAUACAUAUGGAAAUCAAGAAACACUGACAAUUCCCCCUAUCGAUUGUUUACUCGACGGAGAGCCUGCCUCAGAAGUGGAGAACUACAGACUGCAGUGUUCUUGAGAGCUAUACAAUGUGUCAGCAAUCUGCAAUCUGCAUAGAUAGUUAUAUAUGGAUUAAUACUGCAUAUAUAGAUAUGGAUUGUAAAAUAGAGAUCCAUAAGUUAGAAGUAUUAGAAUUCAACAUGGAUCUUGGCUGAUUGUUGGUCACAGAAGAUCCAUCCCUUUGGGAUUUCUUUCCCAUACUGAGUGAUGUGAAUUUUGGCCUACUAUCUACUAUGUAGUAUGUAACUACUGGAUGUGACAUAAUAUAUUAGUGUAUAUCUAUAUCUAUAAGGAUUGGUGUUA